AUGUCCCGAAGACUUUCAAAACGUUACCUGACUCCAGCGGAACAAUACAGGUGUCCUUUGUCACCUGAGACGCAAGCAAUAGCGGAGGAGCAGCUGAGAGAAACUGAAAAUUCAAGGUCUCAAGCACUGGAAGCGUUAAGAAGUUGGAUGGAGAAGAAUCCAAAGUUUUCCGCUGUCAGAAUGGACGCCAACUUUUUGCUUCGAUUUUUACGUACAAAGAAGUUCAGUGUACCGAUGGCACAAGAAGCUAUCGAACGCUACAUACUGCUGAGACAGUCCUGGGGUAUUGCCUUUAACCAACUGGACCAUACGUUACCUGUAAUGAACGAACUCAUCGAUUUGGGAUACAUUUUCGUGAGCCCAUUCAAAGACAAACUUGGUCGUCGCGUUGUUGUAUACAGACCUGGUGUGUUCGAUCCCUAUAAAUACACGAACCAGGACAUGUGCAGAGUGAUGGGAAUCUGUUAUGAGACUUUAAUGGAAGAUGAGGAAACCCAAGUACGAGGUCUCGUCCACUACGCAGACGGUUCUGGAGUUAGCUUCCCGCACAUGACGCUUUUCACACCGCGGGAAGCCGUGAGAAUUGUGAAAAAUGGGGAGCGUACUAUACCACUAAGACAUAAGGAAAUCUAUGGAGUGAAUGUCCAUCCUACCAUCAAAUUCGCGUUAGACUUCGGCAUGGCCCUCAUAUCUGAGAAGAUAAGGAAACGAGUGAGGCUGUACACUGCUGUGGAAGAAGUCGAAAUAGACAAGAAGUUGUUGCCUCAGGAGUAUGGCGGUGUAAUGCCAAUGAAGGAAAUGAUUGAUUUGUGGAAAAAGGAAAUGGCCAGUAAACGCGACAUACUUUUAUUGAACGACAAGAUGGCGGUACGUUUAGAGAUGUACAGUGAAGCUGCGAGAGAGGGCGCUAUUUCUGCUUUACGGAGUGGGGCUAGCACAUGCGCAAGCGCAGAUUCAGUCGGGGACGCUAUGCGAGGUCUCACCGGAAACUUCAGAAAACUCGAAGUAGAUUGAAAUUAUAUGGUUUUAUCAACUUAUACAAGUAAACGUAACAUACAAUAAAAUUAAAUAGUAAUACUUUUUAGUUGUACAUUUCAUCGACUAUAACACAAUCGUGUUCAUUAAAUAUGUAUAAAGAUGAGCAUUCUCAUCGUCAGUAUUAUUGAUAUAACUUAGUUUUAAACUUUUAUGUAAUUUCUAUCUAGUUUUGGUCUAAAGAAACCUUUUAUAUGAAAUACAUACGUAUUGGGAUUGUUUAUCGAAGACUUGCUUUAAAUUGUACUCACUAAAAAUCGAUUAGUGUAAGAUAGUUGUAAGAUUUCGUUUUAAGCUUAAUGUUACAAUCGUGGCGUUUUCAAUAGGAGUUUUGCAUAUUUGCCAAUUAACUUUAAUUGCCAAUGACUAUAACUAUGUUUGCAAAGGUUUUACUUAGUAAACAAACGGAGAUCGUAAAUUUGGAAUAAUGUUACAUGUUAGGUACAUUCAUUGUUACUUGCAUUUAAAAAAAACUGUUUACAAUAAAUAGAUAAAUUUCAUAAUAAAAAA